AUGAACCCCUCUGUUGUGGCUGCCCACAAGAGGAUUGGACUUCUCCAAAGGUUCAACAAGUGGCAAGGGAAAGCCAUGGAGAAGAUGCAAAAGUCCAUGGACAAAGAUGGAGUAGGUCACUCCUCACCACCAAAGAGGCUCUCCACAAGAGCCUCACAGAGCCUCUUCUUUCGAGCCAAGAGAAGGAGAGACAACACGCAGAGAAGGAGGAAGACGUCCAAGGCCAGACGCUCCAGCUCGACCACCGGACUCGAUCGAGUCCAAACAGAGGAAACUCAACUCGAUCGAGCUGAGGGUCGAGUUGACCUGGAGGAGCCCCUGUUUGAGAUCCUGGAUUCGAAGUACGAUUCAACCCAGUACCAGGACUUCUCUCAGACUCUCUGGACUCCCUACAACCGCUUCGAGCGAGCACAACUCCACCAAGGCCAAGGAAGCCACACCCACUUUGAAGAUGAAGAAGAAGAGGAGAGGAGCCACAAGCUCGAUCGAGUGAGCCGAACCCAGUUGAGUGGAGCGCUCCUGAUGGCCGUCUACCAUCUCCAGACCACGACCUAG